AUGCAUCAUGAUUUUUCAACUUUGCUAGCCCGUACUGGAGUCACUUGGGAAAUGGAACCCAACAAAGUGAAUGCCCCUAAUGAAAAAGGAAGGCAUUACAAGAAUUUCAAGAAACAUGGUUUUGAGUAUGACUAUGAUAUCCUCGGUGACAUAUUCAAUUCAAGCACAGCAACUGGGAAACUAAGUCAUGCUUCUACUCAAGAGCCACCAAAUUCUGAUGAGGAGAAAGUCAUGGAAGGUGAUUUCUUUACAAAGGGGAUUCAUAUUAAUGUUUUUGAUGAUGAGAAGGAUGAUAUGAAAGGGCUUAGGCACAAAAGGAAGGAAAUAUUUUCUUUGGGUGAGUGUUGCUGUAAAGAGGGAAAAACUUCUAACAAAGAGAUGUUAGACAAAAUUGUAGAUAUGUCUUUGAAUUCAUCUGACGAUAGCUCAAGUAGCAUAGAUUCUGAAUUGGAUGAUUAUGAUGAUUUAAUGGAUUUAGAUUGCAUUGGUGCCAUUGAUGGAAUGCAUGUAUCUGCUUGGGCUUCUGCUUCUAAACAAGCUGCUUUUCGUGGAAGAAAAGUGUUGGUGACACAAAAUGUAUUAGUUGUGUGUGAUUUUGAUAUGCUUUUCACGUUUGUUUAUUCUGGUUGGGAAGGGACAGCAAACGAUUCAAGGGUAUUUUUGGAUGCUUUAUCUCUCGAAAAUAAUUUCCCAAAGCCUAACGGAGAUCAAUUCUAUUUGAUCGACUCUGGAUUUUCUAACAUGCCAGGCUAUCUUGCCCCUUUCAGAAGGAACAAAUAUCAUUUGCACGAUUUUCGUGAAGGAGGUGGACGUCCACGUGGAAAAGAAGAAUUAUUCAAUUAUAGACACUCUUCAUUAAGGAAUGUCAUUGAAAGAUUCUUUGGAGUUUUGAAAGCAAGAUUUCCAAUUUUGAAAUUGAUGCCAAGUUAUCCCAUUAGAAGACAAAGAUUAAUUCUCAUUGCUUGUUGCACUAUACAUAAUUUUAUAAGAAUGCAAAAUGGUGCGAAUACACUCUUUGAGCAAUAUGCUCAACAACUCAUGGAUAUGGAUGACCAAUGGUUAUGUUUAGAGCAACAAGGUGUCAACCAAAAUCAAGCAGUUGAAAUGGCACAAGUUCGACAAACCAUAACAAAUGAAAUGUGGGAAAAUUACUGUAGAUCGUAA